AUGGCAAAGGACAGUGUGAAGAAAGAGUCUCGCAAGCGUGCGAGAGAGGAGAAUAAUGAGGAAGUUUCCGUAGUGGAAACCGAAACUGAAACUAAGCCAACAAGCAACAGCAACAGCAGUAGCGAUGGUAAUGCUGUUGGUGAAGAUUUUGCCGACUUGAAGCUUAGCGAUGGGACUAUGAAGGCUAUCGCUAAGAUGGGAUUCACGAAGAUGACUGCGGUUCAGGCACGUACGAUUCCACCAUUGUUGGCUGGUAAGGAUGUGCUUGGAGCAGCCAAGACUGGUUCUGGUAAGACAUUGGCAUUUUUGAUUCCAGCGAUCGAGAUGCUUCACUCUUUGAAGUUCAAGCCUAGAAACGGGACUGGUGUGAUUGUUAUCACUCCAACCAGAGAGUUGGCUCUUCAGAUUUUCGGUGUUGCGCGUGAGUUGAUGGAGUUCCACAGUCAGACGUUUGGUAUUGUGAUUGGAGGGGCCAACCGUAGACAGGAGGCUGAGAAGUUGAUGAAGGGUGUGAAUAUCUUGAUUGCGACUCCAGGUCGUUUGUUGGAUCAUUUGCAGAACACUAAGGGUUUCGUUUUCAAGAACUUGAAGGCUCUUGUGAUUGACGAAGCCGAUCGUAUCUUGGAAAUUGGUUUCGAAGACGAAAUGAAGCAGAUUAUCAAGAUUUUGCCUAACGAGGAUAGACAGUCGAUGCUUUUCUCUGCUACACAGACCACCAAGGUGGAAGAUUUGGCCCGUAUCUCGUUGAGACCCGGUCCAUUGUUCAUCAAUGUGGAUUCUGAGAAGGACACGUCGACUGCCGACGGGUUGGAACAAGGGUACGUUGUGUGCGACAGUGACAAGAGAUUCCUCUUGUUGUUUUCGUUCUUGAAGAGAAACCAGAAGAAGAAGGUCAUUGUCUUCUUGUCGUCCUGUAACUCAGUGAAGUACUACGCGGAAUUGUUGAACUACAUUGAUUUGCCCGUGUUGGAGCUACACGGUAAGCAAAAGCAGCAAAAGAGAACCAACACUUUCUUCGAGUUCUGUAACGCGGAACGUGGUAUUCUAGUCUGUACCGACGUUGCAGCAAGAGGUUUGGAUAUCCCUGCAGUAGAUUGGAUCAUCCAAUUCGAUCCUCCAGAUGAUCCAAGAGACUACAUCCACAGAGUCGGAAGAACCGCAAGAGGUACCAAGGGUAAGGGUAAAUCUUUGAUGUUCUUGACUCCAAACGAACUGGGCUUCCUAAGGUAUCUAAAGGCUGCCAAGGUGCCUCUAAACGAAUACGAAUUCCCUUCCAAUAAGAUCGCAAACGUCCAAGCCCAAUUGGAGAAAUUGAUCAAGUCCAACUACUACCUACACCAAAUCGCCAAGGAUGGUUACAGAUCGUACCUACAAGCAUAUGCAUCUCAUUCUCUAAAAACUGUCUACCAAAUUGACAAGCUAGAUUUGGCAAAGGUCGCCAAGUCCUACGGUUUCCCAGUGCCACCAAAGGUCAACAUAACCAUCGGUGCCAGUGGAAAAACCCCAUCUUCCAACAAGAGAAGAAAGAAGGAUUAA